GCACAGAAGGAUUUAGAAGAGGUGAAGGAAUUGCUUACAAAAGUCACCAGGAAGCGAGUUCGUGAUGUCCUGAUGACAGAGAAACUGAAGCUAGAGCUAGAAAUCAAGAAUCAGCCUCCACCGAAGCCAAAAGAUGUGGCAGAGGAUGAGAAGUCAUCACUGGGAGGGUACACAGUGAAAAUAAACAAUUAUGGUUGGGAUCAAUCAGAUAAGUUUAUUAAGAUCUACAUCUCUUUAAAUGGAGUCCAGAAGCUUCCAGCUGAGAAUGUGCAGGUGAAUUUCACAGAGAGGUCAUUCGAUCUGCUAGUGAAGAAUCUGAAUGGGAAGAACUACACCAUGACCUUCAACAACCUGCUGAAACCCAUCUCUGUAGAAGGCAGCUCUAGGAAGAUAAAGACAGACACAGUCCUCGUCAUGUGUAGGAAGAAGCGGGAGGAAAAAUGGGACUGUCUCACUCAAGUGGAAAAAGAAAGCAAAGAGAAAGAGAAGGCUGCCUAUGACACCUCGGAUCCUAGUGAAGGGCUUAUGAACCUUUUGAAAAAGAUGUAUGCGGAAGGGGAUGAUGAAAUGAAGCGCACCAUCAACAAGGCCUGGGUUGAAAGCAGAGAAAAGCAAUCCAAAGGGGACAUACCAAUGGAUAUUUGAAAGUGCUCUAAGGGCCGCCUUAAUACUGAUCUUCCAUGUGAGACAUGCUCUGCUGCAAAGAUCAUUGUUUACACAACCUUCUUCCAAGCAAAGAUGGUCAUUUUCCAUUGCAGGUUGGAGAAAAUAUUUAAAUAAAAUAGCUUAUAAAGCAUUUCCUUCAGUCAAGCGGUUCACCAUUUCCUGAAGAGUAGAGCCAUAGGUAUAUUCUUGCCCCUCCUUGGAAAAGAUCUCAAAUGAGUGGGGAGUGUUGUGAAACAGAGCAGAAUGUAAAGGAAAGGAAUCCUAACCUAGGAUGGGUCAAGGCUUCUCUGUUGCAAGUGACAGCUGUACCCAUCUGGUUGCUGGGGCUGAUGUCACACUCACUAUGUGGGGUGUGGUAUAUUUGAUUAGAUGUGCACAUUGAAACUCCAAAGCAUGUCACAAAGGGAGAAACACUGAAGAAAGCAGAACCACUGUCUUGAGCACUUGAUAGUUGAGCAGAAACAAUAUGGUGUAAAUCCUGUGGUAUUAAAA